ACCACAUUUCUUCUCGGAGCUCGCCGGUGGAUGGUCCUUUCGUCUCGUGAGUACCGGAAUCAGGCUGCACCAUGGGGAAGAUGAUGCUAUUGCUGACGGUCUUCAUCAUCUUUGGCGCUUUGUUCGUGGAGAGGCUCGUCGUAUUUCGGCAGAAGCUGUUUGCUGACAGAGUAGUGCCCCUCAAGCGCCUUCCCAACUGUGAACUCAUUCCAGGAAUUGACAAUGGAGCAGAAGAUAUUGACAUACUUCCUAAUGGAUUGGCUUUCUUCAGCUCUGGCCUGAAAUAUCCUGGUUUGAAAACCUUUGAACCUCAUAAAGGAGGGCAUAUAUUACUGAUGAACCUAAUGUCAGAAAGUCCUCGUCCAGUUGAACUGAAGAUUGAAGGUGGAUUUGAUAUAGAUACUUUUAAUCCUCAUGGGAUCAGUUUAUAUACGGAAAGGAAUGACAGCAUAUAUCUCUUUGUGGUUAAUCAUCCAGAAGGCAACUCAGCAGUGGAGAUAUUUCAAUUUUUUGAGGAAGAAAAAUAUUUGCUGUACUUAAGAACUGUCACUAAUGAGCUCCUAUCAAGUGUCAACGAUAUUCUCGCUGUGGGCCCUGAGAAUUUCUAUGCCACCAAUGACCGUUACUUCCGUUCAGAGACUGUUUCGGUAUAUGUGGAGAUGUUUUGGGGUUUGUCCUGGACAAAUGUUGUGUACUAUAGCCCAAAGAAAGUUAAAGAAGUAGCAUCAGGAUUUUACAGUGCCAACGGCAUUAAUAUGUCACCAGAUGGGAAGUUUAUCUACGUUGCUGAUAUUUUGGAUCAUAGCAUUCGUGUCUUUCAAAAAAUGUCUAAUAUGAAUUUAUCUCCUGUGAAGGUCCUGAAAUUGGAGACUAUCCUUGAUAACAUAUCAGUUGACCGUACAACUGGAGACCUCUGGUUAGGAUGUCAUCCCAAUGCUGCAAAACUCCUUUCUUAUGAUCCAAAGAAUCCCCCUGGCUCAGAGGUCCUUCAGGUCAAAGAUAUCCUUUCUGACAAACCCCAAAUCAAUCAAGUGUAUGUGGAUGAUGGGACAAUCAUCCAAGCAAGCUCAGUUGCUAUCAUGUUUAACAAACACCUCAUCAUUGGCACUGUGUUUCAAAAAGCUCUUUAUUGCCACCUGUAAUUGGCACUCCCAUGAGCUUUGUCUCAGAUGAGCCAUUCAGUGACAAUAGUCAUUGUCACUGAAAUCUGAGCCAAGCUUUCUGACAGAUGUGGUCUGUCAUAGUAAACUUUGACUUGCAUUACCAUAAAAAUUAGCACAAAUAUUGUUGUAUUCACAUAAAUCUAUAGAAUAAUAUAACCUCAAAAAAUACCUGCUGUUACUGAUUAUUCUGUCCUGAAUUACUGCUUAUAAUUCAGGUUUGAUGAAUAAAAACCUGAUGAUCUCAGGUUUCAAAUCCAUGUUAUCCAGUCCAUUUAUCUAAAAGUUAUAACCACAUAUAUCUAGCAGUUAUCCAAAAUAUGAGAGAUCAGGCAUAUAUUCCUGUCAUAUCUGAGGAGCUGCCUUGCCCCAAUUUGCCUAUGCCUUUUGGCCUUCUAGGCGGUAUUAAAACCUGGGUUUGCCUUGAAGCCCUGAAGGAGAAUACUGGAGAUGGUUAAUGAGCUGAGAAGAUCUUACUCCUGUGCCAUCCAACUCCUGGGUUCUAGAUUUUUUUAUAUAACUUUAAAAAAAAAUGUUUUUUAUAUUUAUCUUUUUACUAUUUGUAAGCUGCCGAGAAUCACUGUACUGGUGAGAUGGGCAACAUAAGCAUUUAAUAAAAUUUUU